GGCCAAGCCAUGGUUGGUUAUAAAAUUCCAAAAACAAAAGAAAAGGAAGCAUACGUUGAAACUGCUGUCCUGUACCUGAUUCCAAAAGCUGCAAGACAAGCCGCUACGAGUUAACAGAAACUGAUACGACUCAAACUCAACUCACGUUAUUCUAUUACUUCAGGCUUAUUAGUUAUUCACUAUAAGCCUUCUCCUCAUCAAUUAUACAUCUCCCUCUUCAAUUCCUUGCUUUCUACAGAUUCUUUCCCUAUCAACUUUUGCUUAUCAUCCAUGGAGCAUCAAAAAUCAGAUGAGAUUGUUGCGCUGGAGGUUGAGAAAGAAGUCUGCAGUGAAUUUAAGGCUCAUGUGUUCUCUUCUUCUGCAGAGUUGCUUGAAAGGCUACAUGAGAAAUGGAGUUCGGUGAAAAAGCAACCAUACCCAGCAAUGUAUUCAAGCGUGUAUGGAGGAAUAGUUCUUCAUCCUGCAAUGAUGGUGAUUCCUAUAGAUGAUCACAUGGUUCAUCGAGGGCAUGGAGUGUUCGAUACGACUAUCAUUUUUGAUGGAUAUCUAUAUGAGCUUGAUGUCCAUUUGGAUCGGUUUCUAAGAUCAGCAUCAAAAGCAAGGAUAUCUUCUCCUUUCCCUCGCUCAACUCUUCGAAGCAUUCUUAUCCAAAUGACAGCAGUAUCAAAAUGCAAGAAAGGAACCCUAAGAUUCUGGCUAAGUGCAGGCCCUGGAAACUUCUUGCUUUCCCCUGCUGGUUGUCCAACUUCUGCUUUCUAUGCUGUAGUUAUUGAUGAUGACUUCUCCCAGUGUAAGGAAGGGGUUAAAGCGAUAACUUCCACUAUCCCCAUGAAGACACCUGAGUUUGCAACUAUGAAGAAUGUGAAUUAUCUCCCAAAUGUCCUUUCAAUGAUGGAAGCCGAAGAUAAGGGAGCAUUUGCCUCCAUCUGGGUUGAUGACGAAGGCUAUAUUGCCGAGGGGCCGCAUGUGAAUGUGGCUUUCAUAACCCAAGAUAAGGAGCUUAUCUUACCUUUCUUUGACAAGAUCCUUAGGGGUUGCACUGCAUUAAGGCUUCUUCAACUAGCACCUGAAUUGGUCAAGCAAGGGCGGUUAAAAAGUGUUAAAACGGCUAAUGUUACUGUUCAGGAGGCUAAAAGGGCAGCUGAAAUGAUGUUUGUUGGAAGCACACUUCCUCUCUUGCCGAUUAUCAUGUGGGAUGAGCAACCCAUUGGAGAUGGUAAGGUAGGAGAGUUGACCAUGGCACUCUCUGAUCUGCUUUGGGAAGAUAUUGCUGCAGGCGUUGGCAUGCAAAGGAUACCUGUUCCUUAUGAGAAGCUAACCUCAUAGAUUCAAUAAGUGAAACCAAAGGAAUGGUUUAAACUUUGAACUUAAACUUCAGCUUCUCUCAUUGCUCAUUGCUGUUUUCCUGCAACUUGUCAAGGGACUUGCUUUGGCUAGUCAUUGUUCAUGGAAUAAAAAAUUUGAAGUUUGCCUC